CCUUGGCAUUGUUUCGGCACAGUUUGCAAACAGUCCUGGGUACGGAACAACCGUUCGAGGAGGUUUCAAGGCACUCAAUAGUGAGAGAGAUAACAGCAAGUGCUUUUUUUUGUGACCAUCGAAAAGCAACAAGAAGAUUUUAGCAAAAAUGAAAGUUCUCAUCGUAGGAUCCGUUCUGCUGCUGGCUUCCGCCGCCUCUGCCUCCUACUGGCACUACGUUCCGUCUGACACCCCUGAGGUGGCCGCCGCCAAGGCCGAACACUUUGCCGCCCACCAGAAGGCCCGCGGUCUGGUCGGUGCCGGCCCGAUCGACACCCCCGAAGUCCAGCACGCCAAGGCUCAGCACUUUGCCGCGCACGCUGCUGCCCGCGCCGGACACCCAGUGGCCCCGGUGGUACCAGCCUGGCAUGGUGCCCCCGCUUGGCACGGAGCCGCAGCCUGGCACGGACCCCAGCACAUCCCGGUCAUUCACAACGGAGUCCCGGUCGACACCCCCGAAGUGCAGCACGCCAAGGCCGCUCAUCUGGCUGCCCUGAGCGCCGCCGGUGCCGGAGCCCACUGGGGUGGUCCAGCCCACUACGAGGAUGACGGUUCCUACAGACCCGAAUACGACAACUACCACUACCUUAGCCAGAGCGUUCAGGUGGAAAGCCGUGGCGUGCUGGACUUCGGGGGUAUCGACUGGAACACCCUUGUGGAUCACUGGGAUGUGGAUUGGUCCGUGCCACUUCUGCACAUGGACAUCGCCUCCAUAGUGGCCAUCAUCAUGGUGAGCAUACCCGGCGACCUUAGCGUGAGCGGCAGCGUGGAAGGCCUUGGCGUGCUGAACUUCGGGGGUAUCCACAGGGACGCCCUUGUGAAUUACUGGGAUGUGGAUGGGUCCAUGCCACUUCUGUACAUGGACAUCGUGAUGAUCCCAAUGACCACCACCAACACCGGCGGCUGCAUGGGCGGCAAAUUUUGUGCACUUUUGUCUUUUGCUUUGCAAAACAAUCCAAAUUUAACAAUGAAAGCCUUCGUGUUGGGAUCAGUGCUGCUGGUUGCUUCGGUUUGCUCCGGAUCGUACAUUCCUUUGGACACUCCUGAAGUAGCCGCUGCCAAGGCUGCUCACUUUGCCGCCCACGCAGCCGCCGGUGUCGGUGGUGGUCAUUGGGAUCAUCACGAUGUCCAUGUACAGAAGUGGCAUGGACCCAUCCACAUUCCGGUGAUUCACAAGGGCGUCCCUGUCGAUACCCCCGAAGUUCAGCACGCCAAGGCCUUCCACGCUGCCGCUCACGCUAAGGUCGCCGGGUAUGCUCACCAUGAUGAUGAUCACUAUGGAGGCGAUGUUCAUGUGCAGAAGUGGCACGGACCAAUCCACAUCCCAGUUAUCCACAAGGGUGUUCCGGUCGAUACCCCCGAAGUCCAGCAUGCCACGGCUUUCCACCUAAAUGCACUGGCUAAGGCUGGCUCAUAUGGCACAUAUGGAGCAGGAGCAUGGUCCGACAACGGCAUUGGACACGAAGAUGAUGGCUCCUACAAGCCACAUUUGUACGAGGGUGGACAAUACUAAGCCAUGCAAAACAACGCACAGCCAAAAAUGCCAAAUCUUAGGAAAUAGCCACUUGUAAAUAAUUCAUCAUUUGAACCAUUCUUGGUGCCCUUAAUCGACUGUAUUUCACAAAGCAUGUGCUUGCGCCGUAAUGCACACACAACUAUUGAGUGCCACACAGACUUGUCAUAAAGGAAGAAUUCUCCCACAAAUGUCAUCGGAAUAACAUCUUGCCAGUUCUCAGCACACCUUUUGUAAAAACCGACAUCUAUCGAAAAAGUUUAGGCUAAGCAAUUUGUGGGAGUAGCUUCAUAGAAACGUCAAAUCGACCAAAGAUCCAAACUUAGAUAAUAAGAAAACCAAAGAGAUUCUGCAAUAGAAAAUAGUGAGUCACGGUCAAUUUCAUGAUGCGCAGCCAUGUUUACAUUUCGUAGCUGAUCUUAUCUACUGAACUGAAUGGAACUAAUAAAUGCAAAGCAAAGGAUUUCAAGAAUCUUA